UCCCGCAUCUCGUCAGCGCCAGUAGGCAGUAGCGCUCGAUGCUGCGUAACCGUAUAAUAUGUCUAUGCCAUGCAACGUAGCAGUGUGUACUCUAAGGCUGCAUCAUUUCCUUCAUUUUUUUUUACCUUCAUACGUAUUCGUCCAUCAAUUUAAAAACCAAACUUUAUGAAUUGUUCGUGUCAGGAUGAACUCAACUCGUCUCCGUGAACUUUGAAGCUUCUCUUCUCAGCUUGCUUGCUAGCUUAGCUUCCUGGCUAGCUUAGCUUGUUAGCUGCUAACAAAGAGACGCCCGUGUGAUCAACACAUCGCUAAGCAGAGAUCAAGUACGUCUGUGAAGAACAUCUUCUCCCAGAGCAGGAGGAGUGCAGCUUCAAAAUGGAGCAGGAGGAGCUGCAGCCCUCCCACAUUAAAGAUGAAGAGAAAGACACACUGACCUCCCACUUUAAAGAGGAAGAGGAGGCACCACAGAACCUGCACCUUAAAAAGGAAGACCCACUGACCCUCCAUGUUAAAGGGGAAGAGGAGGCGCCACACCUUAAAAAGGAAGAAGAGGAGCCAAAAUCCCCUCACUUUAAAGAGGAAGAGGAGGAACACAGCAUCAGUCAGCAGGGAGAGCAUGUUGAAGGACUGGAGGAGUUUGAUGUCACCAAGAUGCCAUUGACUGGUGUGAUGAUGAAGAGUGAAGAUGAUGAGGACAAGAGAGAGGCGGAGCCUACAAGCAGCAGCUCAACUCAAUACAUGACAACAGAAGCUGAUGGAGACCACUGUGGAGGAUCACAAGCAGACAAACUCUUAGCUCCACUAUCAGAUAGUGACGACACAAGGUCACACUCUCCUGACACUGAUGAUGAAGACUCUAAAGAUGAUAAAACAUGUCACACUGACAACACACACUUGAUAUGUUCUCACUGUGGCAAAACCUUUAAACAACCUAGUUAUCUGAAAAUACACAUGAGAAAACACACGGGAGAAAAACCGUUUUCCUGCUCAGAAUGUGGUAAAGGUUUUGCACGGAAAAAUAUUUUGAAAGAACACAUGCAAACACACACUGGAGAAAAACCCUUUUCCUGCUCAAUCUGCAGUAAGGAUUUUGCAAAAAAACAGUAUUUAAAAAUACACACGAGAAUGCACACUGGAGAAAAACCAUUUUCUUGUUCAGUCUGUGGUAAAUGUUUUAUACAAGGUCAAUAUUUGAAAGUACACAUGAGAACACACACCGGAGAAAAACCUUUUACCUGUUCAGUUUGUGGUAAAAGUUUCACACAAAGUCAGUGUUUGAAAAUACACAUGGGAACACACACUGGAAAAAAACCUUUUAUCUGUUCAGCAUGUGGUAAAAGUUUUGUUCAAAGUAACAAUUUGACAAAACACAUGAAAAUACAUACUGGAGAGAAACCUUUUUCCUGUUCAGUCUGUGGUAAAGGUUUUGUACAAGGUCAAUAUUUGAAAAUACACAUGAGAAAGCACACUGGAGAGAAACCUUUUUCUUGUUCAAUCUGUGAUAAACGGUUUACACAAAGUCAAUGUUUGAAAAGACACACCCUAUUACACACCGGUGAAGAACCCUUUACCUGUUCAAUCUGUGGUAAAGGCUUUGUACAAAAACAAAAAUUUAAGGAACACAUGAGAACACACACUGGUGAGAAAGUGUUUAGUUGCAGUGUGUGUGAUGAAAGAUUCUCUUAUAAGUACCAGUGUAAGAAACACAAGUGUGCUGGUGAGAACAGCAGCAGCAAAUGAAGCUGCAGGAUUUCACAACUGUCAAGACUUUGACAGCACAUAUAACAUGUGGCAUCAUGUAUGUAUGUGUGUAACAUACUUGUUAAAAUGCUAACAUUUAUAGAAUAGAUAGAUUAGUGUUUCUGUCAGUCAAGCACAUGCAUUAAUAUACAAUAUUGUGUACUUUUGUUACAAGAGAAUAAACAGUACAAAUAUGUGACAUAAAUAUUG